CCCCGCGGGACGGGCGCGGGGACGGCUCCGGGGGGCGGGGGCCGGGGCCCGGGCCGGCUCGCGCGGGGGGUAUGAUGACCCGGCGGCGGGGCCCCGGAUCUCGUCUCCUCCGCCGCCUCCUCACGGCAGCCCCAGCUCGCGGCUGAGAACCAGACCCACCGGCGGUUUGUGAUUUGUAAUGAUGGUGGAGACGCCGUGGGACCAGCCCACCUAAUAUGUGUCUGGGCAAGGCGGAUUUAGAGGUCUGGCUCGGAGGGAAACUUUUGCUGUCGGUCGCCACUUUCCCAAAGCGUUCGUUUAAAGAAAAGAGAGAGAGACAGAGAGAGAAAGAAAAGGUCUCACCCCAGGAAGAAAAUUCCUUUCCCAUUUUGCAAAGGCAAAUUUUAUGGAACAUAAAAUCUUACGUCUAGAAAUGGCUGCUUUUAGCUGAAUUUCAAGGUUUUAUAUAGGUAUGGCAUCACAGCUGCAGGUGUUUUCCCCCCCAUCAGUGUCGUCGAGUGCCUUCUGCAGUGCGAAGAAACUGAAAAUAGAGCCCUCUGGCUGGGAUGUUUCUGGACAGAGCAGCAACGACAAAUAUUAUACCCACAGCAAAACCCUCCCAGCCACACAAGGGCAAGCCAACUCCUCUCACCAGGUAGCAAAUUUCAACAUCCCUGCUUACGACCAGGGCCUCCUCCUCCCAGCUCCUGCAGUGGAGCAUAUUGUUGUAACAGCUGCUGAUAGCUCGGCCAGUGCUGCUACAUCAACCUUCCAAAGCAGCCAGACCCUGACUCACAGAAACAACGUUUCUUUGCUUGAGCCAUAUCAAAAAUGUGGAUUGAAAAGAAAAAGUGAGGAAGUUGACAGCAACGGUAGUGUGCAGAUCAUAGAAGAACAUCCCCCUCUCAUGCUGCAAAACAGGACUGUGGUGGGUGCUGCUGCCACAACCACCACUGUGACCACAAAGAGUAGCAGUUCCAGCGGAGAAGGGGAUUACCAGCUGGUCCAGCAUGAGAUCCUUUGCUCUAUGACCAAUAGCUAUGAAGUGUUGGAGUUCCUAGGCCGGGGAACAUUUGGACAGGUGGCUAAGUGCUGGAAGCGGAGCACUAAGGAAAUCGUGGCUAUUAAAAUCUUGAAGAACCACCCCUCCUAUGCCAGACAAGGACAGAUUGAAGUGAGCAUCCUUUCCCGCCUAAGCAGUGAAAAUGCUGAUGAGUAUAAUUUUGUUCGUUCUUAUGAAUGCUUUCAGCAUAAGAAUCAUACCUGCCUUGUGUUUGAGAUGCUGGAGCAGAACUUAUAUGAUUUUCUAAAGCAGAACAAGUUUAGCCCACUGCCACUCAAGUACAUCAGACCAAUCUUGCAGCAGGUGGCCACAGCCCUGAUGAAGCUCAAGAGCCUUGGUCUGAUUCACGCUGACCUUAAGCCUGAAAACAUAAUGCUGGUCGACCCAGUGCGCCAACCCUACCGAGUGAAGGUCAUUGACUUUGGUUCUGCUAGUCACGUUUCCAAAGCUGUGUGCUCAACCUACUUACAGUCACGUUACUACAGAGCCCCUGAAAUUAUUCUUGGAUUACCAUUUUGUGAAGCCAUUGAUAUGUGGUCAUUGGGCUGUGUGAUAGCUGAGCUGUUCCUGGGAUGGCCUCUUUAUCCUGGUGCUUCAGAAUAUGAUCAGAUUCGUUACAUUUCACAAACACAAGGCCUGCCUGCUGAAUAUCUUCUCAGUGCUGGGACAAAAACAACCAGGUUUUUCAACAGAGAUCCUAAUUUGGGGUAUCCACUGUGGAGGCUGAAGACACCGGAAGAACAUGAAUUGGAGACUGGAAUCAAAUCAAAAGAAGCUCGAAAGUACAUUUUUAAUUGUUUAGAUGACAUGGCUCAGGUGAAUAUGUCCACAGAUUUGGAGGGAACAGAUAUGUUGGCAGAGAAGGCAGAUCGAAGAGAAUACAUUGAUCUGUUAAAAAAAAUGCUAACAAUUGAUGCAGAUAAGAGAAUUACUCCUCUGAAAACUCUUAACCAUCAGUUUGUGACAAUGACUCACCUUCUGGAUUUUCCACAUAGCAAUCAUGUUAAGUCUUGCUUUCAGAAUAUGGAGAUCUGCAAGCGGAGGGUUCACAUGUAUGAUACAGUGAGUCAGAUCAAGAGUCCCUUUACUACUCAUGUUGCCCCAAAUACAAGCACAAAUCUAACCAUGAGCUUCAGCAACCAGCUUAAUACAGUGCACAAUCAGGCCAGUGUUCUAGCUUCCAGUUCUACUGCAGCAGCUGCUACACUUUCUCUGGCUAAUUCAGAUGUCUCACUGCUAAACUACCAGUCGGCUCUGUACCCAUCAUCUGCAGCACCAGUUCCUGGGGUUGCCCAGCAGGGCGUAUCCUUGCAGCCUGGAACCACUCAAAUUUGCACUCAGACAGAUCCGUUCCAACAAACAUUUAUAGUAUGUCCACCUGCUUUUCAGACUGGGUUACAAGCAACAACAAAACAUUCUGGAUUCCCUGUGAGGAUGGAUAAUGCUGUGCCAAUAGUACCCCAGGCGCCAGCUGCUCAGCCACUACAAAUACAGUCAGGAGUUCUUACGCAGGGAAGCUGUACACCACUAAUGGUAGCAACUCUCCACCCUCAAGUAGCCACCAUCACACCGCAGUAUGCGGUGCCCUUUACUCUGAGCUGCGCAGCCGGCCGGCCGGCGCUGGUUGAACAGACUGCCGCUGUACUGCAGGCUUGGCCUGGAGGAACCCAACAAAUUCUCCUGCCUUCAACUUGGCAACAGUUGCCUGGGGUAGCUCUGCACAACUCUGUCCAGCCCACAGCAGUGAUUCCAGAGGCCAUGGGCAGUGGCCAGCAGCUCACAGACUGGAGGAAUGCCCAUUCUCAUGGUAGCCAGUACAGCACCAUCAUGCAGCAGCCCUCCUUGCUGACUAACCAUGUGACACUGGCCACUGCUCAGCCCCUGAAUGUUGGUGUUGCCCAUGUUGUCAGACAACAGCAAUCCAGUUCUCUCCCUUCCAAGAAGAAUAAGCAGUCUGCUCCAGUCUCUUCAAAGUCUUCUCUGGACGUUCUGCCUUCUCAAGUCUAUUCUCUGGUUGGGAGCAGUCCCCUCCGUACCACAUCUUAUAAUUCCCUAGUUCCUGUCCCAGAUCAGCAUCAGCCUAUCAUCAUUCCAGAUACUCCCAGCCCUCCUGUGAGUGUCAUCACCAUCCGCAGUGACACUGAUGAGGAAGAGGACAACAAGUAUAAGCCUAGCAGCUCUGGCCUGAAGGCAAGGUCAAAUGUCAUCAGUUAUGUCACUGUCAAUGACUCUCCAGACUCUGACUCUUCCUUGAGCAGCCCAUAUUCCACUGAUACCCUGAGUGCUCUCCGGGGCAAUAGUGGAUCCCUUGUGGAGGGGCCCGGCAGAGUUGUGGGGGAUGGCGCUAGCACCCGCACCAUCAUUGUGCCUCCACUGAAAACUCAGCUUGGUGACUGCACAGUAGCAACCCAAGCCUCAGGUCUCCUGAGCAGUAAGACCAAGCCAGUGGCCUCAGUGAGUGGGCAGUCAUCUGGAUGCUGUAUCACCCCCACAGGGUAUCGAGUUCCACGCGGGGGGACCAGUGCAGCACAGCCACUCAACCUUAGCCAGGCUCCACAAGUCAAGAGGGAUAUGAAGAACUUAGAGGAGAACAAAAGAAAACAAUGGCAAGAAAGAAAGAACCAGCAGUCAUCGUCAGCGCCGACCUCACAGGAGAGAAGCAGCAACCCUGCCCCCCGCAGACAGCAGGCGUUUGUGGCCCCGCUCUCCCAAGCCCCCUACACCUUCCAGCACGGCAGCCCACUCCACUCGACGGGGCAUCCACACCUGGCCCCAGCCCCCGCUCACCUGCCAAGCCAGCCUCACCUGUAUACGUAUGCUGCCCCCACCUCCGCUGCUGCAUUGGGCUCCACCAGCUCCAUUGCUCAUCUCUUCUCCCCCCAGGGCUCCUCAAGGCAUGCUGCAGCCUACAGCACCCACCCCAGCACCCUGGUGCACCAGGUCCCUGUCAGUGUUGGGCCCAGCCUGCUCACUUCAGCCAGUGUGGCCCCUGCUCAGUACCAACACCAGUUUGCCACCCAGUCCUACAUCGGGUCUUCCCGAGGCUCAACAAUUUACACUGGAUACCCACUGAGUCCUACCAAGAUCAGCCAGUAUUCCUAUUUGUAGUUGGUGAGCAGAGGGAGGAGGGGUCAUGGCUGCCUGUUCCUGGCCCUGAGUUCUUAAUGACACACAAUGAUGAACUCCUCCCAUAAGCCCCUCCAGAAACUCCUUAGCCAGCAACUUGUCCUGCAGGGGCCCACUGAAGCAGAAGGUUUUUCUCUGGGGAACCUGUCUUAGUGUUGACUGCAUUGUUGUAGUCUCCCAAAGUCUGCCCUAUUUUUUAAUUCCUUAUUUUUGUGACAGCAUUUUUGGUAUUUGGAAGAGUUGAGAUGCCCAUCUUCUGCAGUUACCAAGGAAGAGAGAUUGUUUUGAAGUUACCCUUUGAAAAAUAUUUUCUCUCUGACUUGAGUUCUAUAAAUGUUUUUAAAACCAAGUGAAGCCCCCUCUUUAUUUAACUUUGUUUUAUUGUAAUUGCUGGUCAGAGGAAAAAUGCUGAUAGAAGGACUUGAAAUCUGGUAACAAGUGAGAAAAGAAAAAUAAUCACUCUUCUGUUUGUUUAAAAACCAAGACUUAAUUGCCUAUUUUAAGAGCGGCUUACACAAGUCUGUAUUUGACUAUCAGGCAUUUCUCCUCAAAAUCUUAUCUUUCUUUAUGGGACUUUAGACUUACAGUGUUUUAGUUUUGUUUUUGUGUCAUGUUAUACUUACUGGGCAAUUGUUAUUUUAGCAAAACUGGUUAUAAACUGCUCUAUGUUACUCUCGGGAUUCUCUCAGUUGCUCCUGUGUUUAUUAUAAAGUAGUGUUAAAAAGGCAGCUCACCAUUUGCUGGUAACUUAGUGUGAGAGAAUCCAUAUCUACCAUGUAAGCACUAGGUAUUCUUUUUAAAUGAAGUACCAUGCAUUCUUCUUAAGUUAUUUUUAAAAGUCUUUGUCUCUGUUUCAGCUUAAAUUUUAUUAUUGGAAAAGCCAUUAAGGUGGUUAUUGUUUUAUGGUGGUGGUUGUCUUAUUAUACGCAAUAUCUCUUUGUAUUAUGUGAUACUGGUAUUGAUGAGCUUUGUCUAAAGGUUGUUGGCAUUGGUGAGCUUUGCCUAAAGAUUAAUAUGAAUUUUCAAUAAUACACCUCUCUCUCUCUCUCUCUCUCUCUCUGCCUCAUCUCUCCCUUCUGUUCUAUGUGAUUUAUCUGGGGAGAAAGCAAAAGGAUCUGAAACCAGAUAAGAACUUUGUGUAUAGCUUUUAUACUUUAAAGUAGCUUCCUUUGUAUGCCAGCAGCAAACUGAAUGCUCUCUUAUUAAGACUUAUACAAUAAGUGCAUGUAGGAAUUGCAAAAAAUAUUUUAAAAAUUUAUUACUGAAUUUAAAAAUAUUUUAGAAGUUUUGUAAUGGUGGUGUUUUAAUAUUUUGCAUAAUUAAAUAUGUACAUAUUGAUUAGAAAAAUAUAACAAGCAAUUUUUCCUGCUAACCCCAAAUGUUAUUUGUAAUCAAAUGUGUAGUGAUUACACUUGAAUUGUGUAUUUAGUGUGUAUCUGAUCCUCCAGUGUUACCCCGGAGAUGGAAUGGAUGUCUCCAUUGUAUUUAAACCAAAAUGAACUGAUACUUGUUGGAAUGUAUGUGAACUAAUUGCAAUUAUAUUAGAGCAUAUUACUGUAGUGUUGAAUGAGCAGGGGCAUUGCCUGCAAGGAGAGGAGACCCUUGGAAUUGUUUUGCACAGGUGUGUCUGGUGAGGAGUUGUUCAGUGUGUGUCUCUUCUUCCCUUUCUCCUCCUUCCCUUAUUGUAGUGCCUUAUAUGAUAAUGUAGUGGUUCAUAGAGUUUACAGUGAGCUUGCCUUAGGAUGGACCCCAUGCUGUUCACUGGGAUUUAGCAGAACAGGAUCAGUAGCUGUGCCAUGUAAAUGCAUUGUUGUCAGUUUCCCUGCCAAGACUGAAAAAUAAAAACAGCAGCUUUUCUCCUUUACCACCACCUCUACCCCUUUCCAGUCUGGAAUCUCAGCUGAGUUCUCACAGAAGCAUUUCCCCCAUUUGGCUCUCUCACGGUGCAUUGCUACCUUGCUUCUGUGAGAACUUGGGAAGCAGGUAGGAGGAGUCAAGCCAGUAUGAAAUAUGUGUUUUUUUUCUUUUUCUUCUUCUUUUUUUAAGUAUGUGCAAUCACCUUUUAGAAUGAGAUUUUUUUUUCCCCUUUUCCCAUGUGGCAGUCCCUCCUGCAAAUAGUUGACAUUCCUAGUAAAAUAUUUGCUUGUUGAAAAAAAACCUAUAACAGAUCUGUUUAUACCAAAGAGCCUGUUGUAUUGCUUACCAUGUCCCCAUACUAUGAGGAGGAGUUUUGUGAUGCCGCUGGUGACAGGGAACUCAAACGUUUCUGAGCCAGUGAAGAAUAUUAAAAAGGAACCAAAACCUAUCGAGUCAUCGGGCUUUGGAGGUUUCUUUUUAACAACUUGAGUAUUCUUGGGGCUGUGAAAUUGUCCUUGUACUCUCAGCUCCUGCAUGGAUCUGGGUCAAGUGGAGGGUACUGGGGAUGGGGAUGUUCCUGCCCAUAAAAGAUUUGGGGGAAGAAAGUUAACUCUAAGAUAUAGAAGUGUUCCAUCUGAAUUGAAAAUUCUGUUAUUUGAGGGCUAAGUCUAGGACUGGUUCUUUGUAGAGAUGGCGUCAAGGAGGUGCAGGAUGGAGAUGGGAGAUUUCAUGGAGCCUGGUCAGCCAGCUCUGUACCGGGUUGAACACCGAGGAGCUGUCAAGGUAUUUGGAGUUUCUUCAUUGUAAAGAGUAAGGGCUUCCACGAUGGGGCAGAUAGUCAGUACAGCCUACCAGGAACAUGUUGGUGUUUUCUGCUUUUCUUUCUUUCUUUUUUUUUUUUUGAGGAGUGGUGGUGGUGGUGGGGUUAUUCUCUUGAGUUGUGUUUGCACCGUUAUAUUGGUGAAGAUACCCAAGCAGUUUUUAUAGUUUCUGUCACUGGUGUUACAUGGUUUUCUGGUCUGCAUGUGUGAUCUUUGUGUUUCCUCAUUUGCUGAGUGUAUUCUUAUUUUCUUGCUCAAAGGCAGACCUAAGUUUCCAGGAGAAACAUUUCAUUGUUCCUCUUUCCUCUACAAGGGAUAAGAUUUGUUGUUUCUGUAACAAAUGAGAUGCAGGGAAAAUAUACAGAACAGUCCACUCCUGCCCCGCCCUGUCCAAUAAGUAGAUACCACUUAAGAUGUGAGUCUUACUAACUUCAUGGGGAAAAGACAAUACCAAGAGCGUGUAUUGUUAUCUUCAUCACCUGACUAGCAAUGUGUGGCUUUAAGAAUUUUAGAAGUUUUCAGCCUUAGUCUGCAAAUUGGCAUUUCAAAUUUACCGAGGUAAAAAUCUGUAUCCGCUGAAUUUUUAUGUGCUCCAUGUGGCUUUAGAUUCUGUCCCUGGGGUUUAACAUUGCUGGCCCUGACAGGAUGGGGGAAGCCCUGCGAACUCAGCCAGUGGUCUGGCCUCAGUCAUACCAGCUUAAGGCUUUACGUCCUUUCAGAACUUGCGUUUCCAGCUUCUCCCCUGCAGGGCUGAGAGAGAAAGCGGGGAAGGUUUAAAUACCGCCACUCUGGGCUCCUGGGCAACUUGAUCACUCCAGAGUUUGAAGAGCCCGCAGGAGGGAAUACUGCUGUCAGUACUCAGCUCAGAUACCAGCCCCAGGAAUAAGAACUCCAUUUCAAACAGUUCUGGCCAUCCAUCGUCCUCCACUAGAGGGGCUCAGCUUGACUGCCCUUAGCCAGGCAAGCACAGUAAUGUGUGUUUUAUUCAGCAUUAUUAUGCAAAAACCCACUGGUUAGGUUGGUUUGUUUUAGGAUAGGAAAUGAAAUUGCCUCUCAGUGACAGGAAUGGCCCAAGCCUGCUUCCUAUUUUAGUUUUUGGUUUAUUUUAUUUUUUUAAACUGAUGGAUGGUGCAGCAUGUCUACAUGGUUGUUUGUUGCUAAACUUUAUAUAAUGUGUGGUUUUGAUUCAGCUUGAAAAAUAAUCUCACUACAUGUAGCAGUACAUUAUAUGUACAUUAUAUGUAAUGUUAGUAUUUCUGCUUUGAAUCCUUGAUAUUGCAAUGGAAUUCCAACUUUAUUAAAUGUAUUUGAUAUGCUAGUUAUUGUGUGCGAUUUAAACUUCUUUUGCUUUCUCCCUUUUCUGGUUGUGCGCUUCCUUUUACAACAAGCCUCUAGAAACAGUUUCUGAGAAUUAUUGAGCUAUGUUUGUAAUGCAGAUGUACUUAGGGAGUAUGUAAAAUAAUCAUUUUAACAAAAGAAAUAGAUAUUUAAAAUUUAAUACUAACUACGGGAAAAGGGUCCAUUGUGUAAAACAUAGUUUAUCUUUGGAUUCAAUGUUUGUCUUUGGUUUUACAAAGUAGCUUGUAUUUUCAGUAUUUUCUACAUAAUAUGGUAAAAUGUAGAGCAAUUGCAAUGCAUCAAUAAAAUGGGUAAAUUUUCUGA